CCACAAAUAUAGAUAUAUUAGGGUUUAAGUGAAACUUUUCUUUCAAAAGGGCUCUCUCCUCUAUAUUCUGUACAUAGAUUAUUUUACUUUACUUUGUCAAGUUUUUGAAUUUUGAGAGUUUCUUCCCAAUUCUCAAACUGGGUACCCUCCAGAGAUGUUCCAUUUCAAGAUUAUCAAGAACAAAGAAAAGAGAUGUCUCUGUUUUCUUGUUAAACCCAGUUACUCAAACAACUCACUCUCUCUUUCUUUCUCUGUCUUGAGUGAUGGAAACUAUCAAAAGAACCAAAUUUAGCAAACCCAAUUCAAGAGACAUCUCUUUGGUCAUCCCCAACCAAUCGCCCUCCUGGUUUAGUGUUAUUCUGAAACUCUGCAAUUAUAGCCUAUCCUCUGUUUGAUUUUAUUCCUGUAUGAGAUAGUUCGUUAGAAAAAGAUGGAAUUCUCGAGUUCUUUUGAUGGGGUUUCGAGGAUUUAUGGGUUUCAGGAUAUAAUAAGAGGUGGGUCGUCGUCUUCUUCGUCUUUGGUGUUGGAUGGUGAGAGGGGAGAGCUUGUGAAGGCUAUGGUGACGGCUGGGCAAAAAGGGGUAAAAGCAGAAAAAGCAUUGGCUGCUUUGAGGAACCAUAGUGAGGCAGAAAGGCGGCGGAGAGAGAGGAUUAAUGGUCAUCUCGCCACGCUUCGAAGCCUAAUCCCUGGCACCAAUAAGAUGGAAAAAGCAUCAUUACUGGCUGAGGUUAUCAACAACUUGAAAGAAUUGAGAAGAAAUGCGGCAGAAGCUACAAAAGGUAUUCUUGUACCAAUGGAUAUUGAUGAAGUCAAAGUUGAACAACAAGAGGAUGGAUCAGAUGGUGCCUCUUGUGCUAUCAGGGCAUCUCUAUGUUGUGAUUAUAAACACGAGAUUUUGUCUGAUUUGAGGGAAGCUCUCGAUGCCCUCAAUCUGAAAAAAGUAACGGCAGAGAUUGCUACCUUGGGAAGCAGGAUGAUUUAUGUUUUUGUCAUAGCUUGCUGCAAAGAAGGGAAGGCGGAGGAUAAUGAAGGAUGCCAGGUUCUUGCAAGUUCUAUUCGCCGCGCUCUGAGGUCUGUACUCGAUAAAUUUUAUGCCUCAGAGGAAAUUUCAUCGAGAAAUACGCUUUCAAACAAGAGAAGAAGAGUUCCAUUUUUUGAAUCUUCACACUCAUCUUCAUUAGGAGAUUUCUGGUGAAAGAAGAUGAUUCUUUGUUAUUAGAUAGUUUGUAUGUGUUUCAUUACGUUAGUUUUUAUGUUCAUAUGCUUUGGCAAAUGAAAUGCUUAUACAAAAGUUGAUAGCACGUAUUAUAUCAUGUAUUUUCCAACUCAAGAGGAAGUAGAUAUGUAUGCAACUGUCGGGCACCUGAUUUGCAUAUUACUGAAAUACUCUACUUUCUUUGGUCGA